AUACUGCCGUGAACCGGACAUACUAGGAUCGAUUUUUGUUUUGCCUAACCCAGCAAUGAUGGCGUCUCAAUCACCAUCUACUACUGUGCCGUCAAAUAAAUCUCUACCUCUUUCUCCAUCUGCUUCUGGGGAUCCUAAAAAUGUUCAAGACUUGACUGCAUUUGUUGAGAAUCUUCUUGGUUCAAUGCAAGAGAAAUUCCAGACAAUGUCUGAACAGAUAUUAGCAAGAAUGGAUGAGAUGGGUAAUCGGAUAGAUGAUUUAGAAAAAAACAUUGGCGAUUUGAUGCAUCAAGCUGGGAUCGAAGACGAGCAUGUGGAGAAAUAAGAAGAUACGGUUGUUUGGGAAGACUUUUCGAGAUGGUUUAUCGAUUUCUUUUAACAGAUACCAGCUGACGAUUUUUUCUUCGGUAGACUGUAGUUAAUGAAAAUGUAAAUUUAUUUUGUACUUCUCUAAUUAUUUUACGCUUACCUAUUAAAUAUAAUUUAUUUCUAUUACACAAA